AUGUCCAGUCUCGAAGGCAUCCGAGUUCUCGAACUCGCGGGUCUCGCUCCUGGGCCCUUCACCGGCCUUAUGCUCGCCGACUACGGCGCGAGCGUUCUGCGCGUCGACCGCGUCACUCCUCCCGCGACACCGAGUCCCGACGUUCUAGUCCGGGGUAAAUCAUCUGUGACUAUCGACUUGAAGUCACCCGGUGGGCGCGAUUUGUUCCUCAAGCUCGUCCCCAACGUCGACGUGCUCAUCGACCCCUUCAGGCCUGGUGUGCUGGAAAACCUUGGCCUCGACCCAGAAAGAGUGCUGAGGAAAUUGAAUCCGCGGCUCAUUAUCGCGAGACUCACGGGGUUCCGGAGAGAGGGCAAGUACGCAACCAUGGCGGGUCAUGAUAUCAAUUAUCUGGCUGUUUCGGGCGUGCUGUCUAUGCUGGGGCCAGCGGAUAAAGUUGGCCCGCCAGGCCGUGAACGUCCACUUCCACCGAGUCCACCGGGAAACUUACUCGCCGAUUUCGCGGGCGGAGGUCUGAUGUGCGUCACGGGCAUUUUGUUUGCGCUGGUCUAUCGGGCACGGACGGGCGAGGGUCAAAUUGUUGAGGCGAAUAUGGUCGAUGGCGUGUCGUAUCUAGCAACGGCGCCGCGCCUGUCGCAGAAAAUUCCAGGCCAGUGGGAUCAGCCUCGGGGCCAGAAUAUGGUCGACGGUGGAUGCCCGUAUUAUAAUGUCUACGAAUGCAAAGAUGAAGGGAGAUACAUGUCCGUUGCCGCCUUGGAACCCCAGUUCUUCGCGGCGUUGUGUAAGGGUUUGAAGCUGGAAGAAGAAGACUGGGGUGGUGGCAAGCGGGACGACCGAAAGACAUGGCCGAAGAUGAAGACUGUCUUCCGGAAGAAGUUCCGAAGCAAGACGCGCAAGGAAUGGGAAGAUAUUUUCGACGGGACGGAUGCAUGUUGUCUUCCCGUUCUAACACCUGACGAAUUAGAGUCAGGAGGAUAUCAACAGCGCACUGCAGUGGGCUUGUCUCGGAGUCCGUCUGUGGACACAAGUCAAGACGGAUGGAAGAUCAAAACAUUGGGGCGAGGUGAGCGUGGUGAGGAUGCACUUCGAGAUUGGCUUGGAUGGAGAAAAGGCAAGGAUUAUGCGAUUGAGAAUGGAGGCUUCGUGGUGAAGAUUUCUCCAAAACUGUAA